CGGGACGUAAUUUGGCGCUAAAAUAGCACUCCUCUAUUGAGCUGAUGUCAAAGCAAAGCUUCUCGGCCGGAGAGGGAUUACAGACACACAGGAACGUUUCUCACAAUCGCCAGAGAACGCAAGAACUACAAGAGAAACAUUUCCAAGCUUUGUUUACUUUUGAAAGGUACAUUUAUGAAACUGAAUGACCGAGGGACAUUUAAUACGUUUAAUUUAUUUGCAGUAUAUUAAGACGUAAUAGCCUCUCUCGUGCCACUAUAACAAAGGACCCUAGGAGAGAUUUUUGUGAAUUUCGGAUAUUUACAUUUUUGUAGUUUUCACGCAUAAUUUAUCUACAACUUUAACAUUAUUUAUUAUACUAAAGUGCACAUUGUCUAUAUCAUUUGCAGUCUUUUAAGAUAUACAUAUUCAUUUUGACGGUUGAUUCGUUCUGCAGUAAAUUAUAGACGCGAUUUGCGUAAUAAAAGUUUCUUUUGCGUCACUUUCGCGGGUUUUCGUGCAUUUCGUAUGCAAAAUGAUGCGGAUACCCAGAGGGAUUUCUCCUGCUUCUGGAAGAGGCGCAGUAUCUGGACUCUCGUGCCCACAGAAGAAAAUGUUCUCCGCGGUGAGGACAGAUUUUUUCAACACGGGACUCUCAAGCCCACCGGUGAAUUCGGUACCGGCUGGAUACUUCACUCAGAUCGGUAACACAACAGCUGCGGAGCAGAGACCCAACUGUUUAUACGCGACCCCCCAUGGGCCGGAGCCUAAGCCUGUGCGGACUUCUUCCGGGCGGCUGCCGGCCAAAAGAAGACUAGAUCUAGAAGAGCCAAUUUAUCUCCCAGAAUUCCGCACACCAAAAGGAAAAGGAAACUCUGCAUGUGCAAGGGCACCAAGCCCCAAAACUCCCAAGUCUCCAGGGGAGCGCACCCGUUAUGACACUUCCCUUGGCCUGCUGACUAAGAAAUUUGUGGGCUUGCUGAGUGAAUCGGCUGACGGGGUUCUAGAUCUGAACUGGGCCACAGAAGUUCUGGAGGUUCAGAAGAGACGAAUAUACGACAUCACAAAUGUUUUAGAGGGUGUGCAACUCAUCCGCAAGAAAUCCAAAAACAACAUCCAGUGGCUGGUCAGUGGUGUGUUUGAGGGCUCAUCCUUUAAUUCAGAGAAGACCAGCGCUCUCAAGAAAGAGCUUUCUGAGCUGGACAGGCAGGAAAAAGCUCUAGACGACCUCAUUCAGUCCAGCUCAACGCGGCUACGUGAACUGACAGAGCACAAGGACAACCAAAGAUUAGGAUAUGUUACCUAUCAGGACAUUCGUACCAUAAGCAGCUUGAAAGAUCAGACUGUGAUUGCUGUGAAAGCACCAUCUGAAACCAAACUGGAAGUUCCAGAAGCAUCUGAGGGCUCACUGCAGAUUUACUUGAAAAGCAAGAAUGGCCCAAUUGAGGUGUACUUGUGUCCUGAAGAAUGUUUGGAGGAUGCUAGUCCCGUCAAGAACACCACACCCAGAAAAGAUUACCCACAAACCCCCAGCGCUACCACACCCUCUGUCUUCCCACCUGCCAAACCCCAGCCAGUCGAAGGCUUGCCUUUAAAGCCUCAGCCAUCUAUGACUGGCACCUCCGUGCUCGAUGUGGAGGGGAUUCUGGAUCUUCCUCCCAGCCUUCUCCAGAUCACUGAAGACCAGCUGCCUGGGAUGGCAUUCACAUCCGAGCCUUCUGGGCCCUUUGUUAACUUUUCUCCUCAGCUCAGCCACGACGACUACCUCUGGGGUCUGGAGGACGGAGAAGGCGUAUCUGAUUUCUUUGACACUUAUGAUCUGGGAGACCUGCUUAAAACAUGAGCCAUCCAGUGUGACGGAAGUGUGAUUAAUGGUGUGAGAGUUCAAUUGUAAUUAGUUUAAUUCAGACAUAGAUCCUCUGAAUUUUUAAAACACUCCUUCACAUAAUGGCAGAUUGAAGUUUGUACAAAAUGCACUACUGAAUUGGCUUAAUCGGUUCUGUUCCUGAUAAAGAUAGUGAAUUUGGGAUGGGACCAUGUCUUAAUAUUUUAACUACUAUAGUGAUUAGAAUUUGAUCAUAUUUUGUCAACAAGCGCCCUCUAGAGGAGAUCCAUGUGUUAGGUUUAGUACACUAUGAAGCCAUACUUUUUUUGUCAGCCAUAUUACCAAAAGUAAGGUAUGUUUGCUUAGUUUAAACAUUUUUGACAAAACAAAAACUGAAUUUUCAUGCGAUUUAAUUAUUUCAAUUUUAAGUUAUAUGUUUGCCCAUUGGCAGUGUUUUUGGUCAUUAUUACUUGAAUAUCGGUGAUAAAAAUCAAGCCUAUGUAUUUGCCUUUUCUAGAUAUGAGGUAGAACUUACUGUUUAUUAGUAAAUCUUCAUUGAGAUAUAUGGAACUCAGGUCAUUUUAAAGCUUCUCUAGAGCUUUAAUUAUUGUAGUACUGCCAAACAUUGCCAGUAGAGGGCUGUGUGACCAUUUUAGCUGUCAGCAAAAAAAGGUGCUUUUAAAGAUAUGUAGAGAAGUGAAUUGUUAUAGAGUAAAGAUUUGAGAGCGUGUAUGGGAGGCAUCUUUAUAACUCAACUGAACCAGAGAUCUGAAAAGCUCUUUCAGUCUAGAAAAAGAAAUAGGUGCUUAUCUGUUCAUUCUACCUCCAUCUUUUAGUUUUAGACACCAUGAGGUAAUACCUUGAUCUUGUAAAAGUGGCCUUUCCCAUGGCACUGAGUAAUGAUCAUGUAGUACUACAUGGCUCAAAAAACAAAGUUUUACCAUUGACGUGUCUGUUUAUGAGAAACCUCAGGGAAUGUGCAGAUUUGGCAGCUGAAUUUUUUUUUUUUAACAUUUCCAAAUGAUUAAUUCAAAGUGAUCAUUUGAAUUACUCUAGUCUGUUUGAUGUCUGUAAAAUCAAUUUUUCCUGAAAUUACAGUAAUGGAGUUCUCAGGGUUCACUACUCCAUUCAGAGUAGUUUAGAGACUUUUAAUGGCAUCUGGCAGAAACUUUGAUACUGUUUGAACACUGAACUGCUGGGAAUACAAAGUAAACUUUGUUUCCAGGGUGUUUUUUUUUUUUUCCUAUUUGGAGUUGGGAUUCUUGCCCCACCUGAAUGGUAGGUUUAUAGCUGCAGAGACAAAGCAGAAUUUUGAUCUGGUUUGAAAACACCCGUCUUAAAUGCAGAGCACAUAUGGGUUGGGAUUCAGUAUGGAAAAGCUUGAUUUUUACAACUAGCUUCCCACAUCCAGUUCUUCAGUGAAAAUAAUUCUUUUGAAGCAAGCAUUUCUCAGUCAGACUGAACAAAGACUUGUAUUUAGGAGCAUUUUGGAAACCUGAUAAGGUUGAUUCAGCAUUUGUUAAGGGGUUGGAUGAGUUUAAGAGCAGUUGUUAAUCAGAUUUAAUAAUUGAUUAACUUGAACUUGCCUUUUGAAAUAUGUACAAAUGUUUUACCUGGGGUUUGCUUCAUGCAACUGUCCCACCUGCGGACAACUGUCCUGUCCUAACAAACUUGAAAAAUGUGUGUCUGUAUAUGCAUGAGUGUGCUGAAGUGUGUACUAAUUUUGGCAGUUUGGUGCAUUUGAUUGUAGUUUAUAGUUUUUUUUUAUUGUUUGGGAUGUUUUUAAAUAAGCAUUAUGUUUUUUUGUUUUUUUUAAUUGUACAGAAUAAUAAUUUUGUAUUUAUAGGUUUUGUAUUUGAAGGAAAUUGGUAAUUGUCUCAGGACAUAUAGACCGUCUGUUUAACAGGCAGCACUUAAUAUUUGAUAUUGUGGUGUUUAAACGAAUAAAGCUGUAAUGCUCAAAGUCGUAUUUUUGUGAACAAAGCAUUUUUUGUUAAAAGUUACAGUUUGUGCUUGUAUUGUGUAAACAGACUCCCACAUGGAUGUAUGCAGAUGCAGUUACAAUAUUUUAGUUUAACUGUAUUUUCAUGCUUGGUGUGAGCUGCAGAGUUUACCUGUGCAAUGAGGAAAUACCAUAAAGAUGAGUCAGUGAAAAUGACAGAAACAUUGAGACUGACACAAAACAGACGAGUAAAUCUGACUGAUAAACUGCUGCGGUCAUUCUUCAUUCCAAGUUGUCUGAAAAUGUUGCUUUCAUAGUUGCUGUCAACCAGUGUGGUCAAGAAACGUGGUUAUUUUUUAAAUCCUUGGUUUGGAUAGUGAAAAAAAAAUGGAGAUAAGCACUACUGUUAAAGAGUUUAGAUGCAGCAAGUUAAAUUAAAGAAAUUAAUACUUUAAGUCAGCAAAUAGGCUUUAAAUUCAUCAAGCGACAGUAAAGCACAUUUAAAAAAAGAUUUCUAUUUGAAAUACAUGCUGUUCUUUUGAACUUUCUAUUCAAAGAAUCCUGAAAAAAAAAUAUGCAGCACAAUGGUUUUCAACACUGAAAAUAAAUGUUUCUUAAGCAUGUGACACUGGAGACUGGUGUAAUGACUGCUGUAAAUUCAGAUUUGCCAUUACAGGAAUAUAUUGAGUUUUAAAAUAUGUUUACAUAAAAACAGUCCUUUUAAAUUAUAACAUUUUGAAAUAUUACUGUGGUAUUUUGAUCAACU